UCUCUCUUCCCUCCAAACAAUAACCAACUCCCAAACAUUUCUAUAUUACACAAACCUUCUUAUUCCUCCUCCAACGCACACCAUUUCUAUAUUUCUAAUCUUCAUGCACUGACAAACCUUUUCUUUUGUUUGUUUCUUCCAUGGCUUUUCAAGGCUCUGGGUUUUGAAAAUAUACUUAUUCAUUGAUUUAUAUAACUAAAACCCCAGAAAGCCCAAAUCAUGAUAAUGGAAGAAACCGGAGUCGAAGAGAAAGAAACCCCAGAAAUGGUCUUGGAAUCAGAGGGGAAAAAGAUGGGACUUUUUAGAAAAGAAGAAGAGGAGAAAGAAGAAGCUUCGCCUAGAGGUGUUUUGGAAAUCCCUAUUUUGGGCAGAGCCGACUCCGACGACCACAGCGGCCGAAGCACUAGUAGCAGCUCCAGCGACAAAACGACAUCGUCUUUGUCGUCGCUGUCAUCGUCUUCUUCUUCUUCUUCUCCGACGACGACGACGACGUCUCAGUGGAGGAGCGUUUUCGAAACACUGAAGAAGAAAUCCAUGAGACGAUUCUCGACCAUGCCGUUGUUGGCAGCGAGCUACGAGAUUUCGAGGAAGGGAAGGAAGCUGGCUCGGAUUCGCAGUGCGGACGACGCCGUUUCGGACCCUUUUGAUAUUCCGGUGGCCAAGCCCUCGUGGAGAAACUUUGACCACUCUGAGCUGGCGGCCGCCACCGCUAAUUUCAGUCCUGAGAACAUGAUCGGGAGAGGUGGGCAGGCAGAGGUUUUCAAAGGGUGCCUUCCCGAUGGUCAACUCGUGGCGGUGAAGAGGUUGACCAAGAAAGAGAAGGAGAAAGAGGAAAGAAUUGGUGAUUUCUUAUCAGAGCUUGGGAUCAUUGCCCACAUAGACCACCCAAAUGCAGCUAAGCUACUUGGUUUUGGUGUUGAUGGCGGUUUUCACUUAGUCCUUCAGUUUUCCCCACAUGGCAGCUUAGCUUCCCUUCUCUUUGGUUUGGAGUGUUUGGAAUGGAAGAUAAGGUUUAAGGUGGCAGUUGGAGUAGCACAAGGAUUGCAAUAUCUACACCAGGGUUGCCAGAGGCGAAUUAUUCACAGAGACAUUAAGGCCUCUAACAUAUUACUCACCCAAGAUUAUGAGGCUCAGAUUUCUGAUUUCGGACUGGCAAAAUGGCUUCCAGAAAAAUGGACUCACCAUAUUGUUUUCCCAAUAGAAGGCACAUUCGGAUAUUUGGCACCAGAAUACUUCAUGCAUGGUAUUGUAGAUGAGAAGACAGAUGUGUUUGCUUAUGGAGUUUUACUGCUCGAGCUCAUAACUGGUCGUCGAGCAGUUGAUUCAAGCCAACAAAGCCUUGUGAUCUGGGCAAAGCCUAUGCUGGACACAAACAAUGUUAGGGAACUUGCAGACCCUAGAUUAGGCAAUGAAUUCGACUCAAUCGAAAUGAAACGAACAAUGCUGACAGCUUCCAUGUGCAUUCACCAUCAAUCUUCUAAACGUCCAUACAUGAAUCAGGUAGUUAAGAUAUUAAAGAGUGAAGAUGGACAUGUGGAGUUGAAGCCUAAAACUACAGGAGCAGUGAGAUCAGUGAUGUUAGAUGCUUGUGACUUGGAAGAUUACACUUGUUCAACCUACUUAAAUGACCUCAAUCGUCAUAGACAGCUUGUUAUGGAGUGAAAAUGAGUCCUUUUCUUUUUUAUUACUAAGCUCUUUACGCUACUUGUUGCUUCUUUGGCAGCCUAAUUUAUUGUUGUUACUUGUCUUUGUGGGAAUAUUAAAAUGGGUCAUGGGUAUGGGUGCGGGUAUAGCUUUUGAACGUUGGUGAAGUUGUUGUAUGUAUAAAAUUAUAGUGU